CGGAGCAAAGCAAAACAAGCGAGCCAUCAAGAUGGCGGUGGUGCCUGCAGCGAGUGCUGUGUUGUUGUGGCGAGUCGGCUAGGCCCACUCUGCUGGGCGUCGAAUCGUCGAAUCCGUCCAGCGCCCCGGCGAUGGAUUGGGCCGGCCGGCCGAGUGCGCGGGAGAUGCGGCGGUGCCAGCCGACCUCCCCGGCGGCCGACCAGGGCAAGCGGAAGCCGCCGUACUCGUACUCGACGCUCAUCUCGUUCGCCAUCAACAGCUCGCCCUCCAAGAAGAUGACGCUGAGCGACAUUUACACCUGGAUCUGCGCCAACUUCCCCUUCUACAGGGACGCCGGGACGGGCUGGAAGAAUUCCAUACGGCACAACCUGUCGCUGAACAAGUGCUUUCACAAGGUGCCCCGGUCCAAGGACGACCCCGGAAAGGGAUCCUACUGGGAGCUGGACCUCAAGUCGGGAAACGAGCUGCCGUGCCGCAAGAAGAAGCUCAAGUCCUACGAAGCCUGGAGUGGCCAGCUCGAGUCCCCUGCGUUCCCGCACAGCCCGGCCCCCAGCACGACCUGGACCCCCGAGGGCCACCCGUCCCCCCAGGAGGCCCUGCCGGAGCAGCAGGUGCUGCCGUCGGAGGAUGAUCGGUCACGCGUCUCCGACUCGUACGACGAGCCCGUCAAGACAAUCAUGGAGUCGUUCACGCACGAGCAGCUGGUGGAGCUGACGGCCACCCUGGCCUGCCUGCAAGAGGCCGAGGCCUCGGGGUACGCCAGCCACCCCGGGGACGCGGGUCUGCUGGCCACCUUGCCUCAACCGGGGGGGCCCUGCCACCAGGCGGACGGCGCAGUGCGGCCGCCCUGCCAGGCCGGAGCUCUGCAGCCGGACUAUUACACGCUCAACGGCGGGAACAGCAGCAGCAGCAGUAGCAGCAGCCCAAACCUCAGCGCAGGAUUCCUAGACCAGAUCCCGGACCUGGUGAAGGGGCCCCUGCCGGCGUGCCCCGGGGAUCCCGCCUUCGCCUGGCACCAGCAGCCCUAGCCCCGCCUCCUCCUUGCAUGCCACGUUUGCCGCGGUUGUUUUCCUUGAAAUCAAAAGUGAGCGGGCGGUCCGAGUCCCCGGUCUCUUUUUGCUCCGAUGUGCCUGUGAAAUAAAUGUGAUAAUCACGCGUCUCACCGGUCACUUUGGCGCGACCUAGGGCACUCCGGCCCCCGCAUCGUUGCCUCGUUAUGGGACGCCCUUCGUUCUCGCGGACUAUCGCCGUCCGCCAUGGAAAGACGCUCGGAACGCUGGGUGUGCGGGCGUGUGUGCACCUCGCGGGCAUCGCUCGUGCCGCCGCGUGCGGCCUCGGACUAGCCGCGUCAAAAGACGCCCUAGAGUUGCCUGUAGCUCCAACCGUGGGUCCCGAACGGCCAUUUUAAGGUGUUGGGAGAGGGCAGGGGAAUCUUUGUGCCGCGUCCGGUGCACACUGCCACAGUUGGAGAGAAAGAUAGCUCGGGUUUCGUCGGGAAGUGGGGCGGGCGUCUCCAGGGAACGAAGGAGACCAAAGAGACUGCGACGUCCCAGGCCGGCCCACAUGUCUCUACGUGAGGGAAGUACCGAGCGCUCGCUGUCGACCGUGACGGGCGUUCUUCAUUCGUUUGCUCUUGGAAAUGGUUGUCCGUCACUUUCGAGAGGCUUCCCGGUCCUCGGCCAAUAACUCGACUUGCAGUGGCCGAGGGACCCGGCUGAAACCGUGUGGAGGCAGCACCUUCGUGCAAGGUCCGAGCAUCGCCGGCUGGAAAAGUGCUUCUUGGGACUCGAGCGGCUCAGUAGGGGCGGCACUUCAUUUUGCCAUUGGACGGAUCCGAAGCACGAGCGAGGCGCUACUUGUUGGACAUCCAGAUUUCAGAACGAGGAAAGGCCCCCGAACAGAACAUGGGGACGGCAUUGUUGCCGCUGUCGAGUUCCGAGGAUUGCGUGGCACUGUCCGUUGGUUUCAAGCACCGAGUGCCUCUAGUCAAUUCACCUUUGGCACGAACUUUGGCCGGGGCACGUGCGGCCGUUCCUCAAUUUCCGCUGCACCGGAGUCGUGGGGACUCGAGUUCUUACUCUAGAAAAGUGGCUCUGACGGGCCAUUGAAUGGCAUCUUGUGCACAAAACGCACCUUAGUUUUUGUUGGCCCGGUGCAACUGGCUAGGGCUUCAGAAAUCCGCUUUUGAGUCGCAAGGCCGGUGCGUCGGCCGAUCCUACCGAGGAUGCUCGUCUCGUUUGUUCAUUGCGACCUUGUGCACCACCGGGUGAGGGCUCGAGGUACCCGCUGGACCUCCUUCCGCAUUGGCUGCCACCAGAACCAAGAACCAGUUGAUCUGGCCGGCUGCUUUGGCUUUCUGACUGCAGAAGGGCAGUGGCAGUGUUGUGUUUUGCGAGCCCUGACGGGGCCGCAAAAGCUUUGUUUGUUUGGCAUGCCCCGUCGCGGCUACCGACUGCCUGCCUCGGUUCGGGCUGCUGCCCCGAGUUGUUUACGCAAAUCCCCGCUGUUUUGGCCGCCGGGUUGGUGUGCCACGAAUGUGUGUGCGUCCGUGUUUCUGAAAUGGCUGCCGGGACUCUGGGAGCACAGUUGCAUACGUCUGCCAUUGUGGAAGGGACGGUGAGGGUUGCCGCAAAUGUUGCGUCGCAUUGCUCCGUCUUUCUGUGGCCUCCAGCAGUUCUCCAAGCGUGCGUGGGCGACUUUGGAGUUGCCGGCGGAGACGACGGUGGGGCAGCCACAAGACGCCGGGCCGAGCCUUUUCUAAGAACACUCGGAGUUCUUGUCUCGUGCGUCGCAGCAGUCCCAGCUAACUUAUGGCUAUUGCGACCAUGUCGGAAAAUUUCAAAACCCUCUAAACGACUCCCCUCUUUUGCUCGCGUCUGGUCCCGGCUUUAUCGCUCGGCCUUUCUAGGGACAUUCCACGACUGAUUCUUCUCUGCUCUAGUCUCGGCGAGUGGUUGGUACCUCGUGGCUCCUCUGCAUGGCAGUUUUGGCAAGAUGAAACAUAGUGCUAGAGUUGCCCGGGAACUUUCCAGAAUUGGUGCGUGGAAAGUUGGACGGAGCGGAGGAAGCAACAAUCAGCGCCCACGUGUGAUAUACGGCUAAAGCUUCUCGCCCUCCCAAGCAUCCCUCCACUCCGGUCGUCCGUCACCGUUCUCCCUCGGUGUCGCAGCGGCACCUGCCGAGACACCCGGGUUCCUGUGGGUGUUCUCCACUCCGGCGUGGGUUGUGGCUGGGUGGGGCUUGUACAUAGCGUUGUUUCCAGGGCCAUGGGUGUUCCCACGGUCCUCAUUAUUUAUCCGCGGUCUCGACGUAUCUCUGCCGCGAGAUUGCCGGGCUUGCUCUGCGCCGGCCACGGAGGAGCUCCGUCGUUCUGGGUUUGCUGUCGCGCUUCUGUCAACGGCAUGGGGCCAUGUUCUAACCCACGGACAUGUUUUGAAGGAGGAAAACACUGCCAAUGUUUUGUACGUCUUCGAUGCGUUAACCUGUACUCCAUUUCCCUCGAGGAGAGAAUUGAGCGGUUUCUGUCUGGGUUGCAAUAGCGUGUCUUCUGUUUUGUUGUAUAUUUUUUAUACAAACAUGCACCGAAUAAAUGUCAGAUGGGUGUGCGAAGGA